AUGAGCCAUAAAUCUAAAGAAGAUAUUGGCGUAGCUGGAGGGGAAAAUCUCGCCCGGUUCGAGUCGGUCGAGCAGGGUAAGAUUAUUGAUCUCGACGAGCGUCAUCUUCGCGCCCAAGGACACAACUCAGAGCUCGAGAGAUCUUUCUCCUGGCUGGGAGCGAUUGCUCUUGCCUACAGCAUAUCCAACUUAUGGUUGACAUACGCCUCCUGCUUCGGCCUCGUGCUUAUCUACGGAGGAGGUGCAACCACCAUGUUCAGUCUCAUCAUCGCGGCAUCCGUCCAAUGGAUCGUCUUCCUGGGCUUGGGCGAGUUGUGCUCCGCGUUCCCCUCGUCCGGUGGCCAGUAUCACUUCGUUUACAUUAUCGCCCCGGACAAGACCAGGAACUUCGCCGCGUACGUGACCGGAAUCAUCAACAUUCUCGGCUGGUGGAUUUCAACGAGCUCCGGCUUGAUAUACACGGCUAUUUCGGCCUUUGGUUGCGCCGCAGUCUGGUUCCCGGACUUCGCGCAAAAGCAAUGGCAGGUCUAUCUCUGCUACCUUGGCGUCAUCAUUCUGUCACUCAUUCCCAUCUACACGGUCAAACAAAGACAUAUCGACUACAUGACCAAGGCGGCCAUGGGAUUCUCCCUUACCGGCAUGAUUCUCACCAUCGCCGUGUGUCUCGGCAUGUCUAACGGAAACUAUGCUCCCGGCACCAUCCUCCUCGAAAACCGCGGAGUCAGUGGAUGGAAUCCUGGUGUAGGCUGGCUUCUAUCCAUUGCCGCUGCGCUUUACUGCUUCACGGCCAACGGCGCCGUCACCCACAUCGCGGAAGAAUUGCCAGAUCCAGGCCGCAAGCUCCCCCAGGUCUUGAACAUGACUAUGGGAAUGGGUUUGUUCGUUUCGAUCCCGUGGAUCGCUGCUAUGCUCCUCUCCAUUCGUGACCUCGAGGCCGUCCAAUCUUCUUUCCUGCCAAGUAUCGAGGUCUUCUACCAGGCUACGGGGAGCAAGGCGGCCGCAACCGCCCUGCAAGCGUACUUGACGUUUCUAUACUACACAUGCGUCCCCAGCCAGUGGGUGACGUGCAGCCGAAUCACCUGGGCCUUGGCUCGUGAUCAUGGUCUUCCGUUUUCGAAAUACUGGCAACACAUCGACCCCAAGCGUGGCAUCCCAUGGAGAACGACCGUUCUCUCUGCCGUGUUCUGCACCUUCUAUGGCCUCUUAUACGUCGCAAGUACAGCCGCGUUCAACUCCAUCAUCAACGCGACUUGUCUCAUGUUGAACAUCUCAUACGUGGUUCCCCAGGCAAUCUUGCUAGUUGAAGGCCGUGACAAGCUUCCAAGGCGGACUUUCGACCUAGGCAGAUGGGGAUACGCGGUCAACCUCUAUUCAGUCAUCUUCUUGAUUGUCAUUGGCGUCGUGUUCUGCCUGCCACAAACCUACCCAACAACGGUUGGAUCGAUGAAUUAUAUCUGCCGACAGACCGACGAUGCGGACGAGGAUUCGCAACCCGCCUCAAGCGACGACGGUGUCUUGGACUUGCCACUCACGUCGAUUGUGCGUAUACCAUCUCCAACCCAGCCUAGAAUGGAACGCAUGCUGCUGCACCACUACACGAACCAGGUAGCAUUUCUUUUGAUGCCAGUGGACUCGGAAGCUAAUCCUUGGCGUUGCGUAUAUCCACUGGUAGCUGUUCAACAGUCCUCUGGCGCAAGUCAGAGUUUAUAUCACGCCCUUCUCUCUCAGUCGGCUUUCCACCUCUCCGUGCUCCAUGCGGACGAUAAUGCCGAGAAGUAUAAGCUGCGUGCUAUGAAUCACUUCUAUUCUGCUCUGAAACUACUGCUGGACAGUCUGGGUCACGAGGUGCAAGACUUCGCCGCUUGUGCCGCUGUCCUUUACACGCUCACGCAAAUCGAGGGAUGUUACGCGCCCGACCUGAAAGGUUGGCGCAAGCAUCUCAGCGGCAUGUCCGGGCUAGUUACCAUGUUUUCGCAAUCCAAUCCGUGGAUGGCGUCCUCUGACUCUUGGGUGAUCGCGCAGAGCCUCGCCAUCACUUUCGAAAUAGGAUAUACGGGCUCCGGAGGCUUUUUCGACCACCUUGGAAUCACUGAAACCUCUGAAAUCCUCCUCAGAUCCGUGUCGGUCUUGGACCAAUUCGGCUACACUAUCGGCGCAAGCGGAGCCAUCAUACAGAUGAUUUCGCAAACCAGACGGCUCUCCCUGGCCCUUUCGCGCGGCGAAUCGUCGGUCCAAGGGCACCUCCAAGCCAAGAAGAUCAUUGACGCCAUAGAAUCUUCGGACCCCAAACCAGGCUCGUCGAUCACUCAGACGCCGGACAAUCGUCAAGAGUAUCUGAGCAGUUUGCACCGACGGAUAUUCCGCAAUGCUGCCAUGAUUUAUCUGUAUCGCACCAUCUACGACGUACCGCCCAAAGCCAUCCGAGUUCGCAUAUCCGAAGUACUGCGCGACACGACGGAAUUCUUCGAGUUGCAAGGCGGUAGCGUCUCGCUAUGGCCUGUCUUCAUCGCUGCGGUGGAGACAGGCACGGAAUGGGAGAAGGAUAUGGUUCAAAAGUGGCUGGAUUACUCCUGUAAGCUGGGCAUCAGUAAUCGCCUUGCAGCACGCCGAAUCAUCGAACACGUUUGGAAGCUGCGCGAGGAGGAAGCCGUAUUAAGAGGCACUAGUCCGCAAGACGUCGUCGUGGACUGGCGAAAGGUCCAGGUUGAGCUUGGAAUUGACCUACUUUUGCUUUGA